UUUCUGGCGAUGAUUCUAAAUAAAUAUAUAUCAGGCAAACACUCCCCUAAAUGGCAAUGGUUUCUUUUUUUUGACACCUUUAAAAGUAGACUACAAUUAAGAAAUGUAAAAAUGCCAUCUAUACAAAAGACCUGUUUCCGAUUUUGCGGUGAAAGCUGCGCGUGUUUGCAGACGGGUUCAGAAAUGCAGAAUCAUCUACAGCUUCCAUUUAAAACAAUAAUUUUACUCUUUUUUCGUACAUUAGGAUGAUUGAGGAUGAAAAUUGUGGUGAAAAUGACCCACACCAGCUUUUUUGUAAGAGCUGAACGAGUGAAAGCGUUUUUUUUAAAUUUGCUUGAUUUUGAAGCAGACAGUUUCUGUUCAAAUAAACCACUCGGCCAAAAAGUGUUCCAAAUAUCUAACUUCCGUCUUGCUAUUAGCUCGAGUUUCAACGCAUUAGACGUAUAGCGAAGAAGGAAAUUCCAAAUUAACCAUACUGAAUGGAACGUAAUAUAUUGAUAGAAAUGAAACGUAAUCUAAUUUUCUCGUCCGAAUUACCAAAUGACUUGAAUUAAUCGAUGUAUGGGGCGCUAUAUCGAUCGUACUUGUAUCGUGGACAAAAAAGUUAAUUGUUUCUUUAACGGUCUGUUGUUAUGACGAAAGUUGCUUGCUCCCUCCUGCAAAGUGGUGCUUAAAAGCAAUGACGUCACUAGUAACGUGCAAAUGGGGCACUCCUGAAAGAUAACUGUGGAGGAGGGCUGGAGGAGGGACUGAAGAUGCGCUUAUAUAUUGAUCAUUUAUUCAUCUAUCUUUCAUGAAUCCUAAGGCCUAAGAGGAUCUUGUAAAGCUAUCUCGACUGAGGGGCUGUCUUAGUGUCAGGGUUUCCAUAGUUACAUGCAGUUUUAGCAAGACCGAGCCACUCAAGAGUGCAGUUUAAUAACUGAUUUAGCAUGGGAAGCUGAAUUGAGUCUUGAUGUUAGAGCAAUAUCGGUCAGAAAUGGAUUUGAAUUGACGGGUGCGAGUUUUCUAUGAUAGCGUGGUGAAGGAUUCCGAAAGACUUCUAUUGACCCUUCUGCUUAGAUGGACGCCUUACACUAAUUGUGAACUCACGGGAAAUUCUACGAGAGUAAACACAAAAGAAAGAAAAGACAAGAAUAUACGAGGAAGUCUUUAUUAAAACAAGGAAAAUGCUGCUUAACACCACAGGAGCUCCUAGUGCAAACCUGUCCCAAACGACCGCCACCAGCCACAAGGUCAUCGCGGGUGAGAUGACAGCCGCUUACGCCAUCAUCACCUUCAUCGCCUUUUUCGGGAACGCGAUAGUGAUACACAUCGUGGCGACUCGCGCGUACAUGAAAACUACCUUCAAUUUCCUUAUCGUGAACAUGGCCAUCGCAGAUCUACUCGUCUCUGUCAUGGUCAUGCCGCUACAGAUAAAGUUCUUGUACUACGGGCAACAGUGGAUCAGUGAUUGGAUUGGGUCAGUAACGUGCAAGUGGGUCAACUUCUCCGGGACGCUGUCAAUCACCGCGUCAAUCAUCGCGCUAGUCGCCAUCUCAUUGGACCGUUACUUCGCCAUCAUCCACCCCUUUAAACACCUGCCAAUCAUCCGUAACACCAAGCUGAUUACCUCAUUUAUCUGGAUUGUCUCCGCCCUAUUUAACGUCCUCUACCUCGUGCUGUUUGAGGUUAAUCUCGGUCGAAAGUCGGGAGUAUGGGAAUGUCACAUGAACUGGAAUACCAUCUCACGAGAUGGAAAGGAGCAAUUCGAGUUCGCGCGGACCUACUUCAUGGCGACGCUCAUUUUGCUCUACAUAGUCCCCCUUGUGGUGAUUGGUACUCUCUACGUCCUGAUUGGGCGAAAACUGUGGUCACGUAAGAUACCUGGCGUGACAACGGCAAAUGUGAAGCGUUACGCUGAGACGUCGAAGCGGAAAGUCCUGCGCAUGCUCAUCAUAGUGGUCGUAGUGUUUGCGCUCUGCUGGCUCCCCGCUCACAUUAUGCAUAUCAUUAUCUAUUACCACUCCGAUAUCUACUUCCAGAUAGUGCAGAACACGCCAAUCGUGGAAUCCAUCGUUUUCUUUCUCUGUCAUGCAAACUCGGCCAUCAACCCCAUACUGUAUGUCGUGCUUAAUAAGAAAUUCCAGAGAGAGUUUAUUAACGUAAUGAGUUUCUGGAUUCCUGGAAUGAGGCAGCGAUCCACUAGACGUGACGACCUCAAGUCCAUGCAGAUGACGUUGACGUCAGCACCAGAGCGCUAGUGGGUUGCGGUUAUCCGUGAAAAACCAUGCGCAGUAUGACGUCAGUACCAGAGCAUUAGCUGGCAGCGGUUAUUCGCUAGAAAUCAUGCGCAAUGUAGCGUCAGCACCAGAGCGCUAGUGUGCAACGGUCAUCCGCGAGAAACCAUGCACACGAGAAGCGAUAGCGUAUGUAUAUGCAUAUGACGCAAUAACUCUAAUAAGCAGCGGUUAUCUGUGAAAAAAAACAUGCGCGCGAAACAUCCGCGAGGAACCAUGCACAAGGGAUGUGGAUAAUGUACAAGACCACUAGAUGGCAGCGGUUUAACGCGAGAAUCUUUUAAUGCUAUGGUUUCAAAACAGUAGCCUCACGACAACCUUGAUUUUAACUGUACAAGCCUUAUUUAACACGGUGCUAAAUACAAUAUUUGCUGCUGCAAAUAGUCUAAAGCGAGUUGCUUCUUGGGCGAAACUUAGGUAGUAAUGGAGCUUUAGUAAUAACGAUUUAAAAAAUUAAGGCUCUAAAAUCAGCAGGGUUAUAUUUUUCAAUCCGAAUUGUUGUAGCCCAUGCAGUAAUAAAGUUCUGGAAGACUAGACAAGACGGAAAUAUUUCGUCACAAAAUGUACAUAAUGACUGCCACGGGCCUUCUUAGUAAUGUAAACCCAUUAUAUGCAAUAUAAAGUGAAGUUAUAAAAACUUAAUACAAUCAAGUCAUUUAGGG